UUCUAUAUUUUUUUUUCAUCUCCAGUUUUUGGUUAUGGAAACUAGCAGUGCACUUCAAUACAUCGAACAAUAUUUACUGGAUGAAUCUUCUCCGGUGGGAUUGGGGAGUUUUUCAACUGAAAACCAAUUGAGAAAUGAAUCGAAAUCUGAGGUCUCCACCUCUCAAUCUCAGUCUUUCUACUCUCAAACUUCCAGCUCUGGUUCCUGUAUUACGGGAUCCGGUUUUAGCUCCCUUGACGAUGAUGAUUUCUUUAACUUCUCUCCCGAAUUCCCAGGUUUCCAAUUUGAAUCGAAACCUCGAUUUGUCGAUCUCACGACGCCUAAGCCAUUCUCUUCCAACGCCAAUGCCUUUAACUUCGAUGCAAUAUCUCAAGUUUCUGCUGUAAAACCUCCAGCUUCUUCGAAAUCGGGUUCCAAUUCUCAGAACCGAAAACCGUCCCUGAAAAUCUCGUUACCGCAUAAAGUGGAGUGGAUUGAUUUCGGUAAACCGGAUUUAACUAAGGCGGAGCCGGAGAAUUCAAAUUCCGAAGAGAAAAGUAGGCAUUACAGAGGAGUCCGAAAAAGGCCGUGGGGGAAGUUCGCAGCUGAGAUCCGAGAUCCUACCCGGAAGGGUGCACGGGUCUGGUUGGGAACCUUUGACACCGCCGUAGAAGCCGCUAAGGCUUACGACCGAGCAGCUUUCAAGCUACGCGGCUCCAAAGCGAUAAUUAACUUCCCUCUCGAAGCCGGGAGGUUGGACGUAACCGCCGUGAGAAAACGGAUCAGAGACGACGACGGCGCCGGGGAAGAAAGUCAAGUCAAGAGCGUGAAGAGGGAAAACGAUGACGACGCGAGAGAUAACUUCGAUGAGCCUUUGACACCGUCAAAUUGGACGUCAGUUUUGGAUUUGGACAAUGAGACGAAGGGAAUUUUUAACAUGCCACUGUUAUCGCCGUUGUCUACACAUCCGGCGUUGGGCUUUCACCAACUUAUGGUCAUCUAAAUAGUGACAUGAGAAUGUACAUAAAUGAUCUUUAUCAUCAAUACUUGUUUGAGUGGUUCAUCUUAA